GCAGUAGCGAGCACAAAACAUGGCUGAAGCUGGGACGGGCUUUUUAGAACAGUUCAACUCGUGCAUCGUCUGAUCUUGGACGUACCACUGGACUGUCUGGUUCUUUGUUAUGCUUUUUGUGGUUUACAUACUAAGAGUGCCAUUAAAAAUCAACUAUAAUUUAACAGCAGCAUCUGGGCCAGCCAUGUUCGGCACUGAAUCGUCAUUGAGCAUGUUUCUGAACACGUUGACCCCCAAGUUCUACGUUGCCCUGACCGGGACCUCGUCUUUAAUAUCAGGGCUUAUAUUGAUAUUUGAAUGGUGGUAUUUCCGAAAGUAUGGCACGUCAUUCAUUGAGCAGGUCUCUGUGAGUCACCUUCGCCCUCUGCUGGGUGGAGUAGACAACAGCACUCCAAGUAACCCCAGCACCCCUAAUGGAGACUCUGAUUCAAACAGACAGAGUGUGUCAGAAUGUAAAGUGUGGAGAAAUCCGUUAAAUUUAUUCAGAGGAGCAGAAUAUAACCGGUACACGUGGGUAACGGGAAGAGAGCCUCUCACAUACUAUGACAUGAAUCUUUCAGCGCAGGAUCAUCAAACGUUCUUUACGUGUGACACGGACCACUUAAGACCACCAGAUGCUAUAAUGCAGAAAGCUUGGAGAGAGAGAAACCCGCAGGCUCGUAUCUCUGCAGCACACGAAGCCUUGGAGCUAAAUGACUGUGCUACUGCAUGCAUUCUCCUGGCUGAAGAAGAAGCCACAACGAUCGUGGAGGCUGAGAAACUAUUUAAACAAGCACUGAAGGCAGGAGAGGGCUGUUACAGACGCAGUCAGCAGCUGCAGCACCAUGGAGCCCAAUACGAAGCACAGCACAGAAGGGACACAAAUGUACUGGUUUACAUUAAAAGAAGAUUAGCAAUGUGUGCAAGAAAGCUCGGAAGAACGAGGGAAGCAGUGAAAAUGUUGAGAGAUUUAAUGAAGGAGUUCCCUCUCCUCAGCAUGUUCAAUAUCCAUGAAAAUCUACUGGAGGCCUUACUGGAGCUGCAGGCCUAUGCUGAUGUACAAGCAGUAUUAGCAAAAUAUGAUGAUAUUAGUUUACCCAAAUCAGCAACAAUAUGCUACACAGCAGCCCUCCUCAAAGCUAGGGCUGUCUCAGACAAAUUCUCUCCAGAGGCUGCGUCCAGACGAGGCCUCAGUACUGCAGAGAUGAAUGCUGUGGAAGCCAUACACAGAGCUGUGGAAUUUAACCCACACGUACCCAAAUACCUCUUAGAAAUGAAAAGUUUAAUACUGCCACCAGAACACAUUUUGAAGAGAGGAGACAGUGAAGCAAUAGCAUACACAUUCUUUCACCUGCAACACUGGAAACGGGUGGAAGGGGCUUUGAAUCUCUUGCACUGUACCUGGGAAGGAACUUUUCGAAUGAUUCCUUACCCUCUGGAAAAAGGGCACCUCUUCUACCCUUAUCCAAUUUGUACAGAGACAGCCGACAGAGAACUACUACCCUCGUUUCAUGAAGUUUCAGUAUACCCAAAGAAAGAACUGCCUUUCUUCAUCCUGUUCACAGCAGGCUUGUGUUCCUUCACUGCAAUGCUUGCACUUCUCACACACCAGUUCCCAGAACUAAUGGGGGUCUUUGCUAAAGCUUUUCUCAGCACCCUGUUUGCACCAUUAAACUUUGUAAUGGAAAAGGUGGAGAGCAUCCUACCCUCCAGCCUGUGGCACCAGCUGACAAGGAUCUAGGACUUGAAGGGACUGCUGCCACACGACUGCCACGACGUUUGUGCCAAGAUCAUGCGCCUUGUGGACCACAAGAAACCAUGAUGGAGAAGUGGGGGUGGGGGGUGGAGUAGUGACUGUCGGUUAAAGACUUUGUUUUGUUUGUUUUCAUGUAAACCUGUUUUUGUUGUACAAAAAAAGGUGAUGUUAAGUUCUAUUAUAUUUUGCCUUCAGAAAAAAAUGCUCAAAAAGCUAAAAAAAAAAAUUUAAUAAAGAUUUUUGUGUAUUGGAGCAACAGAAGUGUGUGUCUUGUUCAUUAACUGUUAACCAGGUCCUUAAUUUAACCCUUGAAAAAAUAAACACUUUAGAGAAAGUCUUUUGUUUUAUCAGAGAAAGUAAAUCUGCAUUGUUGGCUGCCAACAAGUACCAACAAUUGGCAUGCACAUUUGGAAAAGCAGCCGGAGAAUGCUCUCCCUGCUCUGUAUGAAGGUCACAUUUUGAAAAGUAGGGCCUGAUCAAAGAAGAGACAGCGACUGUAGGGGAUGGGAAAAGUAACACAUUCAAACUCAACUUUUUUAUUUAUUUUAGAUGCUUUCUUUAAUCACAAAUGUCAUUUUUUAAUUAAGUUAUUUAGCAAAAUAUAAUACGUGUCUAUUGUUGUGCUGUAAGAUUCAUAAAGAUCGCAAAAGGUUUGCAAAGUAUUCCAAGUACAUUUUACCAAGUAGGAAUGGAUGUUAAAAAGCUGUAACAAGAUAUAAGCAAGCUACAACAUGUUUUAUGUUUACUAAAAACUAUCAGAUUAUCAACAGCAGCUUUUGUGAAUACAAAAAUGCAUCAGAAUACAAGAUAACGAUUACUAUUGCAGUAUUAAUUAUCUCUAUAGUUUUACGUUUCAAAAUCCCUGAAUGCCAUUAACAUCAAAAGGCAUAUCUCAUCCCGGAAAAGAGCUUUCAUUCACUUGUCACCAUCACAAGGCCAGUAGACCAAAUAUUUGUGUAAAGUUGUCUAGGUAUGUGGUAUGGAUUCAAAGCACAGGGUUAUUUUUUCAAGUGAAUACUUCUUUCAAGUGUUAAUAACCUGCUGUGUGAACAUGAUACUGAUGGUACUGAUGAAAUGUUAAUUGGUAACAAAGGAUUUUUAUAUGCUUUAAUGGUUUCAUAAAAACUACCAAUAAACCAUAAUCAGAAAACUGUCUGUUAUCUGAUCAGUGUUUUAAGAUGUUAUGAACACAUCUACAUCAUUUUUUUUAUGUGCAAUUAAUCUGCAUAUCUGUUCUCACAUUUAAUCUUCAAACUAGCCAGACCGAAGCUACAAAAAUAGUUUAUCCAGGUAUUCUAUUUAGUAUGUUUUGUUUGGCAAUAAAAUAAAUGUACUAUACCUGUCAAAUGCCACAAUUAAAGAGAACAAGUUCUCAAAUAAAAAGACAGCAUGUUAUAAAGACAAAUUAAGAGAGGUAUAUAUUAUGUCUGUUUGCUUUACAAAAGACUUUGUAGAAAAUUCAAAGUGAAGGCCAUCUUCUCAACAUGUAGCAGCUGUACAUUGAGGAUAGAC